AUGAGUAGCUGGGCUCUGCAAUAAUUAGCUUCCAGAGCAAUUACAAAUACCUUUUCUUGUUUUAAAAGCGUCAUUACAACUAGCAACAUGACAGUCACCUCUAAGCCGGUCUCAGUAGAAACGCUAUGUGUUGGAUUUGUCCAUGUCUCGCUAAAUUAACCUAGCUACCAGAACAGAUGUGGAGAAUUUAUACUACAGUUUUAAGGGAUCUCUCUGAAGGUUUUAGAUGAUACAAUGGUGCUUCGUCCUCUGGAUGAAGAACCAUACAUCUCGGCUUGGCUUCAUUGAAUUAUUAUUUCGGAACCGUUGACAUGCCAUUUGUGUUGACGGAUGGAUGAAAAUAAUGUAAUUAUAGUAUCGUUAUACAUAGGUUAGCAGAAGAAUCCGCAUGAGAUGCCCAUAGAACUGAGCCCUGCUCCAUUUCAGCACCAUGCGGUGGUCUCAGGUGCUGUCCAGACUCGAAACAUUUCAGCACCAUGGCACGGUCCCCUGACGCCAAGAAACGUGUCAGCUCUAUGCAGCGGACAGCUCCAUAGCGCUGAAAUAGAUCAAGCCCCCUAGAACGUCAUUGAUUUUAAAUUAUUCUAGGUGCAAGUGGUUAUAAUUUAUUGCAUGUCCUAGUUUUGCAGCUUUGCAAACUCAGAAUUAUAGCUAAUGGUGGCAGCGAGUUACGUUUUUGUGCAUGGCGAUGAACGAGGAUGCUUGAUAAACCAUAAAUCAAACGCAAAAACGUGCACUUACAAAUAUUUUCGUUUGGCAGAACUUUGACAAGCUAUGAUCUGUUUUCUAAUGACAUUGACAGUUAAUAUAGACAUUAGACUUAGGCCUAAUUGUGACAUCAUGUGUGUAUGACAUCUUUGAAGAAUGCCCUGGCUUCAGCCAAUCGGAAUCGAGUAUUCAACAAUGCUUUGGCAUAAUUCAAGGACGUUCAUAUUCACUUCAGUUGUCUGCCGAUGGUUCACUGACGUUUUUUCAAGGGAGAUAUUAGUAUUUCCUCUAAACAGCCUACAACAAAAAGCUACACAUCAUGUCAGAUGACAGCAAGAGCGUGAAAUGGGAGGAUCCCCCGGAUGACCAAAAUAAGGUUGUGGGGAAAAUGAAGGAUGAAACAGAGACACAUGAGACCAACAAGAACAGGACAGGAGGCAAGGCUAAACGUAAGUCCAGUGGCUGUGCCAAGAAGACUUCCGUGGAGGAGGACAGCAGCAUUGGUGCAGAGUCUUCUCAGACACCCGGGUGUGGUUUCCGGGAAAGGGGAUCUAUCAUUGAGCAGCUGGAGAAGGAGGCUCAGAGGACUCUAAUGCCUUCUCUCAAGAUUGGGACAUGCUGUGCCCCAAUCCUCCUCUCCUUCCUGAGGAGUCUAACUGAUGACCAAUGGAGAGUGAUUCAGCAUGGCAUGAAAAAUAACCUCACAUUCGAGCAGCUCUCCAUGCUGUGUCUGAAGAUUGUUGAAGUCGUGACCCAGACAGCCCUCCGCAUUCUCCUACCAGCGCUAGCUCGUAUCAUGGGGGUGAACCUGAGGAGUGGGGCAACCUCCCCAGAAUCCCAGUGCUCUCUGACAGGGUCUGAGGAUUCCUUAGGCAGUCUGGAUGAGAGAGAGAAAAGGCUGCUGACCAGUGAGAUGAACUACUGGACUAAGGAGAGGAGGAGGAAUGGCAGUGCAGGGUGCCGCCAUAAAUCCACUCGCAGAACCUCAUCACCAUGCUGUUCGCCUAAGAGGUCCCAGACCUCAUUGCAGAGCUUGCCUGCAACUAGAGAGGCUCCCCUCAUGGAGGAGCCUCUGAAGGCUCUUUUUGGGGUAACGGAAGAGAGCCUCCUGAUAUCCCUGGUUGAGGGUCACUCCAACCCCACCUCCUCCGAGUUGAGCUGUGCUAUCGUGGGAGAGGUAGUACACCAGCUUAACUCUGGCCUCUCAGUGGCCAUUCAGGCCAGCUCGGGGAGUUACCCCCCUAUGGACAGUCAGGACAUAGCAGCAGGCAAGGAGGUCAUUCGGGUAGCCUCGGUGCAGAUCCUGGCCGAGCUACUGAGCCAAACGUCUGAGCCAGAGUGGGUAGGGUUUAUCGAGCCCCUCAUGGACCCUGUGACCGAUGAUGUGCUGGAUGCCAUUGUCGGCACAAUGGACAAAAUGGCACAGGACUUCAACAUCCUACUGGAUCUGGCCAAGAAGAUGACAAUCUUGGGGUCUAAAUUUCUGACCAAUCUUCAAUGUGACCUUGAUGUUGAGUGUCCAUCUGGGAAAGAAGGGACCACUCACUUUCUCAAAGAGACUGGAUCCUCUACCAGUGUGGUGGCCAGAAAGAUUCAGACCCUCUCUAGCCCCGACUUUCAGUCUAAAGCCCUGAAGGCGGUUAGCACCAUCCUUAGAAGGAAAGUCAGCAGCUCUUCUGGCAUGGCUCCUUCCUCUAGGCCUUCUAGUGCUGCUCCUAGCCUUACUGAAGCUCCCCUGAAUACCAGCUGCACAGCCCUGACACAUGUAACCUCCACUGCCACAGUGAUUGUUAAGGCAUUUGUGGGAGGCAUGGAGACGAUAGCAUCAUUUGAAGGCACAUGUGAAGCAGUUGAUUGGCCAGUUCCUGUAAAUGACCACAAAACAGGAUCUUCACAGAUGAUAACCUUCUCUCUAGCCCGCACACUCUACGGCCGUAUACGAGCAAAGCUGAGGGACCUUUUAACUCUAUCCGCUCGAGAAGGUGUUGCUAAGAAUGCUUCUCUUCAGGAGUCUUCAGACACCCUGGAAAAGGCAACUGUUUCAACUGUUGAGGCCCAGUUACCCAGCACCGAACUUAGUAGAGUUCCCAGUGAGAGCCAACCAAUACCAGCUCUCUGUCUCUCCAAUCUGGAUACCAGUACUCAAGAAGUUCUUAGCAGUGUUUUUUCCAUCUACAAGUCAGAGUUAUCAAAAGUGGAGAGUAAAUCCUUGGCCGUUGUCAGUUCAUCUGAUGAGUCCCUAGAGGCUUGUUGGUUUGUUGAUAGUGUCCUAUCAAAGCUCGAUGACUAUACUAUUUCCCAGUCACCCUCACCCAAUGAAGACUUGAGCGUGAGUACUCAAUAUUCUCAACUGAGCUCAGAAGAGAGUGUCAGAAUCACAGAGUCCUCUACUAGUCUGAUUCAGAGCAUUAAGAAGCUCUCUAGCAAUGACUUCCAGACUCAGGCAGAAGAGGCAGUGAGUAAAGUGCUGAUGAGAUCCAGUCAUUCCUUUAUCACACAGAUCAGCCAUACUGGUCUUCAGAAAAGUCUGCAGGCUGGCUUAUCAUCUAGCUCACCAUCAGAGAUCCAUGUCCUUUCAGAAUCCAUGUCCUCCAUGUCCUCUGAGAAUACAGCCUCUGGAUUAGUGGAAACCUUUGUCAAAGGAAUGGCCACUAUUUUCCAGAAAAAUGAGUCCACUGACACUGUGCUACUGGAAAGAAGUGGGAGAGUUUCGCAGUGCUCCCACGGGGGCUCCCAACUGGAUGAUACUGAAUUGAGUGUUAAAAUAUCAGAGGAGAAGCUUUGGUCAACAGCUAAGACCAUCUGCGUCAGUAUGAAGAACACACUUAAGGAUUUCUUCACAGGGCUGAAGCCACCCGGAUCCGAAAGGACAGAAAAUGCUUCUUCCAAAGAGAACCUUGGGGAAAUCCUGGUUGCUUUCCAGAGUGAAUUCUCAAACUUAGGGCGAAUUCAGGAUUCCAGGGAGCUCCUUCAGAUCAAUGAUAUGGUAGGAACUAUGCUGAGGGAGGUUGAGAAAAGUGAGGAUGACAGUGAACAAGUCUGCCAAGACAUCCCUAGAACCUGUUCAUCUUUGUCCACUUCUUUAAAUGGUCGGAGUUCCUUGUCCAGCUCUUCAAAGAGUCCUAGGUCAGAGUGUGAGUUAGAGAUCAACCUCCCUGGCACUCCCAUCCCUGACGAAGUGCCUUUUGAUCUGACCUGCCCCAUCUUCAGGAGCUCCUGCAUCGACACCAGGGUCUCUAAAAUGCCAGAGAUUUCUUCAAGUGACCUAAAGACAAAGAUGAUGGCACACACAGAUCAACCCCUGCAUCGUAACAGUCCAAUGACUGACAGCAGUCGACCACCGAGUGCUAAAGCCUCUUUUCGAUCCUCCACUCCGUCUUUCACCAGUAGGGGAACCUCUUUGGUACCGAAGGGAGAUGGGAUUGACAUUGAAGAGAAGGAGGAGUGUAUCCCCAGCAGCUCUGGCCAUCUGAGGGAGCUCUUAAUCACCCCGGACAUCAGCAGUGCCUCUGCAUUCCCACUGCAGUACUUGAUGGACUCCAGCAAAGAUGAUGUCAUCUGUUUGGUCGCCAUACUGGUGAUAAGGUUGCUAUCGGAGAUCAGACCCUCAACCCUAGAUGGACCCUCCCAACAGGCAGCAGACAUGACAGAAACAUCUCAGCAACUCAUCAGACAAGUCCUGUCUGAGUUCUGUGCUGCAUCUAGAUUCUCCAGGACACAGGCAUAUUCCCAGAUCCUGUACAUCCAAAGGGUGUUCAGAGGUGUACAUAAAAACCUCAUGGAGGAGUUUGGCUCUAAUAACACCCUGCCAGCAGCUAUUUCCUCCCAGGACCCUGCAUUUGACAGAGUCCUGGUAAAGUCCUUGACCCAGCAGCUGGUACAGGGAUGCAAGGAGACGUCAAGACCAGCUUCUGCUGCAACAAACCCAUCAGACCAGGCUGAGACAGAGAGGGGGGCUGAGCAGAAAGCAAGAAGGAGCUUCCUUUGCUUUUCAAUAACCAAACUCAGGAUCAACUUCAAGCGUUCCAAGAGAGGAAACAAAAAGGACUGCCAUUCAGUCCAGGAACAGACUGAGAUUCCCUCUACUGAUGGACAUUGCAUAGUGGGAGAGGUUUCUCCAUCCAUAUCUCAGCCUAUCAAAAAACUAUCCUUGAUUGUCAGGGUCUUUUCAGCAAUGAUGAAGCCAUUCAGGCGCUUCACCAAGAAGAACCUGUAACCUGUUACGCUGCAUGAAGAACUACUUUUGUAACAGCAAGACUUUUGACGAGGAAUUUCUGUAUGUCUACCCUUUCAAAGUAUAUGUGAUUAAAUAAAUACAUUAUUUUACAAGA